AUGCAUUGGAAAAAAUCAGUAAUGAAAUCUAAGUUUAUGAUCCAUCAAAUAUUUUCGAACUAUUGUAGUAAGAGGCUCCAUACAUUACUUUACAAAACUUUUGUGAGAUCCAUACUUGAAUAUGGUACCGAAGUAAGUAGUCCGUUGAAAAAACAAGAUAUUAAAGCAAUUUGUCGGGUAUAUUUUGUCUUAUUAUCCAGGUAUUGAUUAGUCAAUUCCUGACUAAUUGAAUCCGUACAAAACUCGUUCACUAGGAAACUAUACAGCAGGCAAAAGGGAAAAUACAUCAGAACAGAUGACCCCGACUAUAAUAGCGCUAUUCAACGUAAUGAACUAUUUUACUUAUCAACUUUAGAGACUCGGCGUAAAGCUAUUGAUAAAGUUUUCUUGUCGAAAAUGCUAGUGAACAAAGUUGAUAUUGACUCUGACCAAUUUUUCAAAACAGACAAAAAUAGUAAAACUCGUACCAAAACCAAGUUCGUCUGGGGGAAAUGCAAAACCAAACUACGAAGGCACUUUUUCACAAAUAGAGUAUUAAGUUCUAUAGAAAAUUAGCGCAAUGAAUCUUAUUUUGGCACCUCAUGUCCUAUGCAUGUUUAAUACUUUUAUGUCCACUACUUUCAUGUUACCCAUUAUUCAUCUCCCUGACACCCGCACAUUCAUGUACCAACUAAUCAACUUUUCAGAUGAUAAUUCAUUUUCUGUAUGUUUAUUAUCAAUUUUUGUGAUUAUUAUCAAUCUCUCUAUGAUGUUUGGGCCUUAA